AUGCCUUCAAAGUUAAUUAAGAUUAGAUAUAGCUUUUCUCUUUUGAACUUCAAUUUUAUUUCAAAUUUACCUUCAGAGAUAGAGGAAUUACAAUCUCAUGUAAUAAAAUUUGCAAAAGAGGAAGUAGCUCCAUUAGCAGAGAAGGCAGAUGAAGAAGGUAUAUUCCCACCACAUUUAUGGAGAAAGAUGGGAGAUUUAGGAUUAUUAGGAGCAACAGUAGAUUGUAUGAAAUAUUUAUAAUUUAAUAGCUGCUUAUGGUGGAUCAGGAUUAUCAUAUUCUGCGCAUUGCAUGAUAUUAGAAGAAAUCAGUAGAGCUUCAGGUGGAAUUGGAUUAAACUAUUCAGCUCAUAGUGCAUUAAAUGUUGCUUAAUUGUAAAGACAUGGAAAUGAAGCAUAGAAAAAGAAAUAUUUACCAAAAUUGUGUUCAGGUGAAUGGAUAGGAGCUUUAGCAAUGAGCGAACCAAAUGCUGGAUCUGAUGUUGUCUCUAUGAAAACUACAGCAAAAAAAGUUGGAGAUAAAUAUAUACUUAAUGGAAGUAAGAUGUGGAUAACAAAUGGACCUGUGGCAGAUGUAAUAGUAGUUUAUGCUAAAACUGAACCUGAGAAGAAACAACAUGGAAUUACUGCGUUCAUUGUUAAUCAGGAAUGA